AUGGAUUUAAAAGUGCGGGCAUUAGUAUUUCCCUUCACUCCAACUUUGCAGGAGUCCGCGGCUAUGAAAACUAGGAACCAGCUUAACAGUUCAAGGCGUUCCUUUCGUACUCGUCCUUCCGUUCAGUUCCCCGUGAUUCUUGUUGACAACCAUCAUGUGAAGGAAUCCGCGGCUAUGAAAACUAGGAACCAGCUUAACAGUUCAAGGCGUUCCUUUCGUACUCGUCCUUCCGUUCAGUUCCCCGUGAUUCUAGUGGACAACCAUCAAGUAAAGCUUUUCGGAGACGACUCGUUUGAUGACGACUUUGCAUUAAGGUCUCCAGCUACCAGAAAGCCUACCAAAAAGAAGGAAGAACCGCCUAAGGUAUUCACUAAUAUAACCAAUCGGCCGGCGAUUGCCGAAGAAUUCAAUGAAGAGAACGAGCAGGAAAAACUGAAUGAGGAGUUGAACGCAGCUGCUGAUUUUUCGCUGUAUAUUGAAAACGAGGAUGGUGAACGAAUGAAGGCUGUUGGAAAUAAGCUUGUAAAGUAUGAUGAAUUCUACGGGAUAAAGCCAAGUGAGAGCAACUCGAGGAAAAAGAGCUUCGAAGAAUCUCUUAGUGUAAAAAAAUACAAUCAGUCGGAUGAAUAUACUAAAAAGCUUUGUAAGGCGAUUUGUGCAGCUGCUGGAGUUAGAUCAAAAAAAUCUUCCGGCCCAUUUACUACACCAAGUGUCAGUGUAGGACCGGCAAAGGAGCGUCUGUCGCACAUGAGGCCGCUUAGCCGAGCAUCUAAAGCACCUGAUCCGAUAGAGGAACUACCUGAAUCAGAUUCUGUCGAAACACUUCAAGUUGAUACUUCGAAUAAAGAAAAUGAAGAGGACACAGGCGCCAUGGCUACCAUGGAUUUUGCAACAACACCAAAGGGUCGUCCAUCAGCGUCCGAAGCAAGAGAGAGAAGUUUUAUGACUGUUGUCGCAGAAAAUGAUGAUUUGGCUGGCUCUUCUGUGCGUCCUCAUUCUUUACGGAACCUGCCAGCCUCACCGAUACCCGAUCUGGAGCAUAUGCAAGAACCGGAAUAUGAUUUAGCUGGCACUUCUGUGGGUCCUCAUUCUUUGCGGAGCCCACCAGCCUCACCGAUACCCGAUCUGGAACACAUGCAAGAACCGGAAUGUUUGAGGACACCACUUCUGAAUACUGUUCCUCAAGCUCAGUCUACUCCACUCUCGGAAAGGUUCGAGUAUCCGAACUCGAACAGAGCCGCAUUAAAUCAAGUGAGCAGGAGGGAGAGCUUUGAUGUCAGCGACUGCGAUAUGCCAGCCAUUCCAUCCACAUCUAUGGCAAGAUCGAAAGGGACUGAACCGGAUUCGCCAUGUGGAGAUGAACUCCAAACUUCGUCCGAUGAUUCAAGACUAGCUGAUGCUUUCGACUCGUCUCUACAGCUUGCUCCGCGCCAUGAUAAUUCGUGUGGAUCAGUGGACACAUUAGCGGAAGUGCGUACUGAGCUCAGUAUUGACAUACCCUAUUAUCUGCAUGGUUGUGCUGAUUUCAAUACCAGUACGCCACUGUCACAGCUCUUAUUUGUCAUCGGUCAGCCUAGAGUAAUUGAAUGGCAGAAUCUCCCGAAGGAUGUGUUCUGCGGUCCACGUAAACUCGGCGAAGGUGUCUAUGGUGAAGUGUUUGCCACCACAUAUAACGGUGAGCCUACCGCUCUAAAGGUCAUACCUUUUCAAGGCGAUACAAUUGUUUAUAAAGAGAAGGUCAAUGGAGAAUAUCUGCUUGACGCGACGAGCAUCCUUCCAGAGGUUCUAAUAAAUCGUGAACUUUCCGCUCUCUUUGAUCCCUCUGCGGACUUUAGUACUCCGAAUUUCAUUAAAUUGCUCCAUACCCAUGUCGUCAAAGGGCUGUACCCUGAGGAAUUUAUGAAAGCUUGGAAUGAAUUUGAUGAAGCGAAUGGAUCAGAAAAUGAUCCUCCAUCAAAUUAUGCCAGUGAGCAACAACUCUUUGUGGCAAUGGGGAUGGCCAUGGGGGGCGUUGAUCUGGAGCAUUAUCAGAUGAAGAACGAAGAUCAGGUGGUGUCAGUAUUGCUGCAGGUUGCCCUUUCUCUAGUUGUUGCCGAAGAGCGCCUUCAAUUCGAACAUCGGGAUCUGCAUAUUGGGAAUGCUCUCGUCCUGGAAAGCAAUGAUGAUGUGGAAUAUCGAUAUGGUGGUGGCGAUAUGGUCCUCCGCUCAUACGGUUUAAAAGUACAUCUGAUCGAUUUCACGCUUAGCCGCUUGAGCAAAGAAGGGACCACAAUAUUUCGAGAUCUCGAGAGCGACGAAGAGCUCUUUGCUGGUAGUGGUGAUUACCAGUUUGAUAUCUACAGAAUGAUGAGACACUCGAAUGAGGGUGAUUGGCUAGCGUUUAAUCCCAAGUCAAACUGCUUCUGGAUGCACUACUUGGCCGUACAGUUGAUAAGUAAGCGAAAAUGUAAGAAGGCUAUACCAAAAAAACGACAACGUGAGCUGCAGAAAAUGUGGGACAAUUUGCUUAGAUUUGAAAGCGUGAAAGAAUUGUUUACUCAUGAUGAUUUCUAUGACAUACUGCAGCGACAUCUCAUCAUAAAGCCACAAUCGAUCCAAAUUGAAUGA